UGAUGCGCUCCAUCGGAGCCCAUUUGUGGUUGCUUGCCGUUCGGUAGUUGGGGCAGCACUCUGGAGUCAGUCUUGCCUCGAUGGCGGGUGCCUGCGCGGUCGCCGUGGCCACUCCAGCCGCGCCACCCCGAGCCGCCGAGCCCAAGUCCACCCUGGCGCCGCACCGCAGCAGCUUCUUCCGCGUGAGCUGCCGGCAUAGCCCCCGCCCGGCCGGAGCCUCAGCUGCGAGGAACAGCGGCCGCGCACGUCUCUCCCGGCGCGACCCGGCUGAGGCCGAAACGGACGCGGGCGUCGGGCGAAUCCUGAAGGAUGACUCCAGCUACCUGUGGACAUUGGUCCUCGGAUCCGUUGGUGGCGCCGCGGCUAUAAAGUACGGAAGCAUUCUGCUCCCUGACAUCACAAGGCCAAACAUCGUGCAAGCUCUGCUAAUGGUGUCCCUGCCUGUAGUAGCUGCAGUCUUGCUUUUGCUCAGAGCGAGCUCGAGAGAGGACUGAUACUAGGACUCCUUGUCGAAGUUUCCUUGAGGUUACUGAAACUUCUUAGACCAACUCCAGCAAAGGUAGUAUCCAGUGCUACAGUACUCCGUAAAGUACUGUAGCACUGGAAAAUGCACCCAGCAGAUACCGCAUCCAGUGCUACAGUGUCAAACAGCGACGCUACAGUGUUGCGGAGAGAGAGCCGGGGUCUGUAUUUUGCGGACUACUGUAGCAGCGCGUAUCACUGUAGCUACUGUAGCAGUACUGUACCAACGCUGCUCCCAGUGACUGCCAGCGGGCCCGGACGAAGGAAAACGCGUCGGGUACUGUAGCAAGUACUGUAGCGGUACUGUAUCAACACUGUUCACAGAGGCUGACAGACGGGUCCAGAAAGAGAAAAAGAGGAGUAGAAGAUAAGAAAUGGGGUAGCUGCUGGAGAUGAAAAAAUAAGGAACGCUGUAAUAGUGAUAGAGGAUGCUGUAAUAGUAUUUUUGAGGAUGAAAAUUUGAGGUAGCUGCUGGAGAUGGUCUUAGAGUUUACUUCAAUGGUAUCUUGUUGUAAAAUGACAAUUUGAAACUAUAGUUGACUAAUAUUUCGAAGCUGUUACUGUAGUGGUCAUGGCCACAGUCGGUAAACA